UAUAUAUAAAAGCAAAACGAAUGGAGCUCCUUCAAUAUAAUUAUUUACACUCCAUGGAGAUAACAUCUUUUCAAAAUGUUGUUCUAAUCUUCACCAUAUUUCUAACAAUCUACUAUCUCUUCUUUCCUAAAUCCGCCACUAACCAAUUCGGGUUUAAAAAUUACCCAAUACUCGGAACUAUACCCGAAUUCCUCCUAAACCGUCACCGUUUUCUUGAAUGGAGCACCGAUGUCCUCUCUUUGUGUCCAACCAACACCGCGACCUUCAAACGCCCCGGAAAAAUCCAUGGUGUUAUUACUGCCCACCCUGCAAAUAUCGAACAUAUGUUAAAAACCAAUUUUGAUAACUACCCUAAAGGAACCCGGUUUAUUUCCCUCCUUGAAGACUUCCUAGGCCGAGGUAUAUUUAACUCGGAUGGUGAAGGAUGGAAGACGCAGCGCAAAACUGCUAGUUAUGAAUUUAACACACGUUCCCUUAGGAACUUUGUGUUGGAAACAGCUGCGUUGCAGCUAUUUACACGGUUCAUACCUGCUCUCGAAAGAGCAGAGAAUAUGAACCGUGUUAUUGAUUUACAAGAGAUUUUAGAGAAAUAUGCUUUUGAUAAUAUAUGUAAAGUAGCUUUUAAUGUCGACCCUGGUUGUCUAUCUGGAGAUAACAAAACUACCUCUAGUACUAGUAGCGAAUUUAUGUAUGCUUUUGAAGAUGCUGCAACUCUUAGCUCCGGAAGAUUUAUGUAUGUUUUUCCAGGAAUUUAUAAAAUUAAGAAAUUUCUAGAUUUCGGUUCAGAGAACAAGUUGAAACAAUCUAUUGACACGGUUCAUAAGUUUGCUGAUGGUAUCAUAAAGUCACGAAUAGAAGAAAAGGGUAAUGAAGAUACAGAAAAGGAUUUGUUAUCGCGAUUCAUGGGUAAUUCGGACUUUUCACCAGAAUUUCUUCGGGAUAUUGUGAUAAGUUUCAUAUUAGCUGGCCGUGAUACGACUUCAUCGGCUCUUACAUGGUUCUUUUGGCUUUUGGCAUCAUAUCCAAAAGUCGAGCAAAAAAUACUAGACGAACUGAAAACAAUUCGGUCUAGCUCUAGCAAAGGUCUUAAUGAUUUUUACAGUUUUGACGAGCUUAGACAGAUGCAUUACUUGCAAGCCGCGAUAUCUGAGGGAUUACGAUUAUACCCUCCAGUGCCAGUGGACACAAAGGCUUGCUUAAAAGAUGAUAUUUUGCCGGAUGGGACAGUUGUGAAGAAAGGUUGGUUUGUAACUUAUAGUACAUACGCAAUAGGAAGGAUGGAGAGUGUUUGGGGCAAAGAUUGUCGUGUUUUUAGACCCGAACGAUGGUUGGAUUACGAUGAGAGCUCUGUUGGAAAUGUGAGUUAUAGACCUGAAAGCCCGUUUAAGUUUCCGGUGUUUCAUGGUGGACCAAGAAUUUGUUUGGGGAAAGAAAUGGCCUAUACUCAAAUGAAGUUGGUUGCGGCAACGAUCAUCGAGAGGUUUCAUCUCGAGAUGGAAGAGCCGGCCGACGAGAAGAACCCGCCCGGGCAUGUGUUAUCAUUGACAAUGCGGAUGAAAGAUGGGCUGAAGGUUAGAGUUAGGAAAAGAUGAAUGAGGUCAUUUGGAUGAUAUGUUUGGAGUUAAUUUAUAUUGCUUUAUUAAUAAUGUACUAUGACUCUAUGAGUAAACAUUAUACUCGUACUUUACUAGCACCAUGAAUAAAAACUUUAUUAAAAUUUGGUUGAAAAGUA